GAUCUACUGAUUAUCUACGCGUAAACUUACCCUACCUUACCUUGAGGGGUCGGUGAUCUUUCAGCACUUACACAAUAUACAACAUUUGAAAGAAAUAUGUAAACAAGUAAACGGAACAGAUAAUUUCAUGCACAUACAGACAUACAGUCAAUCGCUGCUGGUUUUAAAGAUCGCGCGUGACCUAUGUAGCAGCAACAACAGCGACUGGGUGUUAAAGUUUGUCUUUGUGAAUCGGGCGGACUGACUGAAACUCUGGCAUCUUGCACGAGGACUUACAUGAGCUGAGGAUGGCGGACAUUAGGACAUAUAAUGUUGUUGUUUUGGGAAUAGGAUUUUUGUUUAUUUUUACAGCCUUCACCACUUGUGGUAAUAUUGAACAAACAGUGGUGAAAAGCUUAAAUAGCACUAACUUCACUGGGAGUGGGUAUCACAGCCUUGGAAUAAUAUAUGGAGUUUUUUCAUUCUGUAACGUGUUAGCUCCCACUAUCGUUGCAAUAAUUGGACCAAGGUUUACAAUGUUCUUGAGUGGAAUUCUUUAUAGUGGUUAUAUAGCUGUAUUCAUCAUUCCAUCCACAUGGUCCUUUUAUUUUACAUCAGUGGUAAUUGGCAUUGGAGCAGCCAUGCUUUGGACAGCUCAAGGGCACUUUCUAGUGGAGAACUCUGAUGCUUCUACCAUCAACAGGAACACAGGAUUAUUUUGGGCUUUACUGCAGUGCAGUAUGUUGUUUGGCAAUCUGUACGUUUAUUUUGAUUGGAAAGGAAAAACUGAAAUUUCAGAUAAAGACAGAAAGAUCAUGUUUACGGCUCUGCUGGUUAUCUCAGCACUCGGGACACUAAGUUUUCUUGCCUUGAGGAAGGUCUGUCAGCUGGAAGAGGCUCUCUCUGAAGAGGAGGGCCAGUCUCUGUUAUCGGCAAGAUUAAUAUAUAAACAAAGAGCAACAUCUGCUGUGUCGGAAGCUAAAACAGAGUUUAAGACAAUUGUGGAAAUCUUCAAAUCAAAAACCAUACUGUUAUUAAGUUUCUGCAUGGCUUACAGUGGUUUGGAGCUGUCAUUUUACAGUGGCGUUUACGGAACCUGCAUUGGAGCUACGACACACUUUGGCGAUGCAGCAAAAGGCUUAAUCGGCAUUUCAGGCAUUGUGGUUGGAAUCGGAGAAAUAAUUGGGGGAGGAUUGUUUGGCCUUGUAUUGAAGAAUAACCGUUUCAGGCGCACUUCAGUUGUCUUCUUAGGGAUGGUUGUGCACUUUGUGGCCUUCUACCUGAUAUUCCUCAACAUACCAGAUGAUGCACCUGUGGUUCUUCAAACAAGCUCACAGCAUAAACCAUAUCUGGCACCAAGCGUGUCCAUAGCCCUGCUGUGCAGCUUCUUGCUGGGUCUUGGAGACAGCUGUUUCAACACUCAACUCUACAGCAUUCUGGGCCGGGCGUAUGCUGAGCAGAGUGCACCAGCCUUUGCUAUAUUUAAGUUCAUACAGUCUAUUUUUGCAGCUGUGGCGUUCUUCUACAGUGGUUAUAUACUGCUGACCUGGCAGCUCCUUGUUAUGGUCAUCAUGGGAUUCAUAGGAACACUCUGUUUUUUCAUGGUGGAGAGGAUGCAGAAUAUGUCAGCUGAUACGCAGGAGUAUUAGUUUGGAGCCUCGACCAGGACACAUUUCAGUAAGCAUUUGUACUACUUGCACUAUUUGUUUGUUGUAAUUAAGAUUGAAUUAUAAGUGUACAGCACUGCUCUGGAUUUAUGAGAAGGUGCCUUUUGUGUGUGUUUUUUUUUUUUUUUUUUGGGACCUUAAAAUACAUAUGGAAUUAAUAUUGUUAUUUUUAAUUUCUCUAUACAUACUUUGAUAGGAUAUUGUUAGUUGGAAUUGCAUUACAAUAUCCCAAAUCUGUAAUGGAAUUGUAUUACGGUAAAAUUACACUUCAAAUGAUAUUACAUACAUUAAAGGUGCACUCAGUAAGGUUUUGUUUCUGUUGUGUUGGCUGACAUGGCAGUCAUCUUCAAGUUAUACUGACACCUAGUAGUGUAAUUGCAGCAUCAUGCAAAAGGUCUUGACUCACUGAUUUUUCUGUGGAACAAGAUAAAACUAGUAUUCAGCUGGUCAUGUGAUUUCAGCAUGGCCACCCUCAUGAGGUGAUGUGCAUUAUGUGUAAAGCAAAAACAUAAUGAGGAAAAAAUACUGAGUGCAUCUUUAAGAUUCAUGUAAAAUGAUGUUGUUGACAAUCAGGUGAUACUUUACUGAUAUAUAUAUAUAUAU